UGGCUGGCUAGCACCGCGUUGGGAUGUCUCCAGCAAAGGAAGAGACGUCCUUCCCCGUCGGGCAUCCCUUUAUGAAAAGACCUCCCAGUUGCAAACCGACAGUCCGUUCCUCCACUGCUUCUUUCUCCUCACCGGACACUCAUUUCAAGGUCGUACCCUAUAACAUACGCGCGCUCGCACCCCGCCACCACACACCAUCUGCGCUCGCUGGAUUCUUUCCAUCCAUUCGGUCAGACGGUCUGCAAACAGGCUGGUGACAAAGCGGAAUCGAACAAUCUGGGCGUGGGUUACCAGUAUGACGUGAACUUGAAAGCGGCUUUCGUAUUGCAACACUCCCGCUCAUCUGCGACCAUCUUGGGUCACCCGGCCGCUUCCUCUUCGUCUCCUUCCUGGAUCUCCCGAUUUCUGCCGCCUUUACCUGCAACAAAAGAAAAGACACCUUCUGCACACCGUCCACUUGUUCCAGAUUCAUACAUACCUACAUUCUCGACCCUGAUCCAUUCGUCUCGAGGGCGACUAAAACUCCCAGGUGUCCUUAUUUCGGAGUCACAUCCUGUUCUACAACUCUAAACACGUAUUCAUUGGAUGGUCGCACAUCGACCCGCAUUCGUUAAUUGAGUUCAAGAAGUGCACACGAGACAAUGGAGAGCAUCCAACUUGCCCAGAUGUUGGCCGAUCUUAGCGAUCUAAAUGCGGCUCAAGAAUCACAGGCCGCACUUGCGGUCGUCAACGCAAACAAGAGCGCCAGCCAGCCCGCUCCGGAGCUGUCCCAUCAUCUGAAGCCAUCAACCGAACAGCCUCCCAUCCACCCUAAUCAACAUCAACUCCAUCACCAACGUGUCGCUUCCGCAACCUCCCUACUCUCUAGGACGGCCUCGCCCGCCAGGUAUGACAAAUACGGACGUCCUCUUACGACUCCCCCCAUGACCCGUACGCACUCGAACCAUGGGUCCAUUCCCGGCACUCCGCGAAAAGAAUCUGAGCCCGAAGAUGACGUUGACCGAGCGCAUUCCCUGAUGGCAUUAUACGAGAUUCGUACAAAGUUGAAGCAGCAAGACACCACAAGCAUCGAUAAACUCAGAGACAAGAUAACCGCAUUGCAAUCCCGCUACCAAACGGAGAAGAAGGAUGGCGCAGAUGCCAAAAUAAGUCGUUUCAUCUAUCCCAAGGCCCAAUCGCCGCCACCCUCGUGAACACACCGUGUAGCAAAGUUCCAUUCCGCAAACUUACCUUUUUUCUUCUUCAUUUCUUUUAUUUCUUUUUUCUCCAAAAGUUCAAGAUCGUUGCAUUUCUCAUGACCCAUAUACAGUCACGAUGGCAAUCCAGGAGAACAAGCUCAGAUGGUUUUGCUUGGGUAUGGCUUUGGUUUUUCUCGUCUUUUCAGCCUGCUGAUAGAUUCACUCAUUGUGGUAUGUGAACGUGCCUCUCCCCAUGAAUCCGUCUUUGGCGUUUGGGCAGGAUGAAUUAUUACGACGGCUCGGAUGGCAAACGACAAUGUCUAUUCCGCAAAAUCUAAUCGGCGUUCUGAAAAGCACAGGGGAAUGUCGGUCCUUUGUGGAGGGUAUAUGAACAUACACUGAGCACUGAAUUAUGAUUUGCUUACGCCUUGACAUCCACUCAUUCUUGCAAAAACCUGCCACACCCUGCCGUCACUACUGCAAUGUCUCUGUGAGUAUCUCCUAUGUUAUGCAGGGAAAGUUCAACAUGGCCUGGACGAAUUGCUUAAAUUCUACCCACAUAAAUCUGUGA